AGGGAGAGCGCUGGAGGAAUUCACCAUGAGCGAAAAGAGAAGCGGCUCUGGGGGACGUUAGUGUUUGCCUCUGGGGAGCCAAGGUGAGUCCAAGGGCAGUGCGGGACCACCGCAGCCCCUCUGCUCCAACUGUCUCCCUCCUUCAGAAGGAACCAGGGCACAAAGCGUACCCCAUUCCCUGGGAGGGCUGUGCUCAGGCACCAGCCAAAGCCCCCAUAUGAUCCCUACCUAUGGGCUGGUGGCUGAUGAUUUGGGGACACCGUAUCCCAGAGGGUUGUGUGUUCCCUCUGCCCCGCGGCAUCCACCACAGCUACCCAUGGGCUGACAGCUGCAGGCAUGGCCGGAGGCUCUGGGGGUGCUUGGUGGGUGUGGAGUCUGCUGGGGGGCUCUGGGUGAUGGGGAGCGAGGUGCAGCUGGGGCCUCUUGGUCUUGGUGCUGGUUCCUGGGGUCCGGAUGGUGGAAGAAGGCUCAUCGGGACAGCUUGGGGGUCCAACCAAAGGGCACAGGGUCUCCUGGCGGCUCUCAGAGUCUGUUUGCCAGAUACAGCGUCCUGCUGUCACCUCUUGGGGACUCCAACCGUUGGGUGUGGGGUCAGGAUGGUGAUUUUUGGGGUGCAGGUGACGCGUGGUGAGGUUCAGCUGGGAGCUCUUCAGGUCCGGAUGGUGGAAGGAAGGUCAGCGUGGCAGCUCCUGGGGGCUGAGCGGUGGGCACAGGGUCGGCCGGGCGCCUCCUGGGGUCCGGCCGAUGAGCACGAGCCCCACCCGGCACACAGCCGCGGGCACAGCGGGCCCCCCCCGCCGCCCUCGGGCUGCCCGCAGCCGCCCCGCUCCCCGCGGCUCCUCCGGCCCCUCUCCGCCGCCGCCCGCUCCGUCGAGGCUCCCCCGCCCGCCGCUCCCAGCACCCGCCGGGGCCGAGGGGAGGAGCGGGCACGGGCGGCGGCGGCGGCGGCAGCGGUGGCUGAUCCCACCCCGCAGCGCCCCACCAUGUUCAACGGGGACGCCGGCCCGUCAGCGGGCAGGAAUGUGGUGCGCAGCUCCAGCAUCAGCGGGGAGAUGUACAGCGUGGAGAAGAGCGCGCGGGGCAGCGCCGACUCCGUCAGCAUCACGGCCAGCAAGAAGCGGCGCUCCAGCCUGGGAGCCAAGAUGGUGGCCAUCGUGGGGCUGUCCCAGUGGAGCAGGAGCACGCUGCAGCUCAACCAGAGUGAGGGCGGCCCCAAAAAGCUGCGCAGCAACAUCCGCCGGAGCACCGAGACUGGCAUCGCGGUGGAGCUGAGGACCAGAGUCACCCGGCAGGGCAGCCGCGAGUCCACCGACGGCAGCACCAACAGCAACAGCUCCGACGGCACGUUCAUCUUCCCCACCGCACGGCUGGGAGCUGAGAGUCAGUUCAGUGACUUCCUGGACGGGCUGGGCCCGGGGCAGCUGGUGGGACGGCAGACGUUGGCCACCCCUCCGAUGGGUGAUGUCCACGUGGGCAUGGCGGACCGCAGCGGGCAGCUGGAGGUGGAGGUGAUCCAGGCACGGGGCCUCAUCCCGAAGAUGGGCUCCAAAUGCAUCCCCGCCACCUAUGUGAAGGUUUACCUGCUGGAGAAUGGCGUCUGCCUGGCCAAGAAGAAGACCAAAGCGGUGAAGAAGACCUGCGACCCCUCCUACCAGCAGGCACUGCUCUUCGAGGAGAGCCCCCAAGGCAAAGUCCUGCAGGUGAUCGUGUGGGGCGACUAUGGGCGCAUGGACCACAAGUGCUUCAUGGGCAUGGCUCAGAUCGUCCUGGAGGAGCUCGACCUCUCCAGCGCCGUGGCGGGCUGGUACAAACUCUUCCCCACCUCCUCGCUGGCCGACUCCAGCAUCGGGCCGCUGGCACGCCGCCUCUCCCAGUCCUCGCUGGAGAGCUCCACCAGCCCCUCCUGCCCAUAGCCGGGCGGGGAGAGCCGUCCCAACCCCCCGAACUGUGUGUGGAUGGCUGUAAAUAUCCCAUCCUUUUUUUUUUUCCCCUCCUUUUUUUUUUUUUUUUUAAUUUUAAAGACCUCCUUCCCGACGUGCCCCACUCCCGGCGCCCCCUCCCAGGCUGGGAGCGCGGAGCUGCCGUUCCCUUCCUUCCAUCUCGCUCCUUGGAGGAACAGGGAGCAAAAAGAGACUCAGCAGAAGAAUCCGACUCAGCACUAUUUUUCGUUCCAAGGAAUGUAGCAUCUUCUCUUAUGUAGCUUGCCACGUGCUAACAACACUCACUGCAAUACCCGACAGGCUCCGGGGCAGAGCGGGCGCAGCCCGUUGGUUUCCCAACACCGACCCCGCAGCACCGGCGCCCGUUUUCCUUUCUUUCGGUAACAUUUCGCCUGUGACAUUGCCAAAGUGACAGCGCACCACAGUGCCCCCACCUCCCCUCCACCCGGGGGGGAACAUCUCAACAGCAGCUCCCGCUGUGCUGGAAGUGGGGUGACGGAGAGGCGCCGAGCAGAGGACGCAGCGCUCGGUGGCGACGAUGACGUUUGGGUGCUUGUUUUCUGUUUGUGUGUUCUGGUUGUUUGUUUCUCAAGCAGCAUUCCGGUGUCCCCCCCAUCCCCCUCCCCCCGGGGAUCAGUUCUUGUAGCAACACCGAGAAUGGCGGAAGCUUUCUUCUUUUUUGUUGUUGUUUUGUUCUGUUUUUGAAGGUGCCUAAAUGAAAUUUGCUGACAAUACUCAGGGGAGACACCACUAGAACUCUGCUUUCUUCGCGGGAUCCACUGGACACGAGGAUUGUCCCGAAGGAUCCGAGUCCAACAGAGAGGAGAAAAGAGAAAAAGAAAAGAGAAAAACCAAACCACGACACCAAGAGAGGAGGAGGGGGGAAUCCCCACCGCCCCCACGGCUCUGCCUUCCAGGGCCUGGUGCACAGCACGCAGAGCGGAGGGCGCAGAACAGACCCUCAAACUGAUGGGAUUUGCUUUACCAACUCAGCUCCAAUGGGAAGAAAAGAGAAGGAAGAGCUCUGUCAGCAUUGGGCAGUAGUGGCUCAGCACUGCGCUUCUGCCCCGGGCACACAGCGGUGUGGACCCCCUGCGUUCUGCUCCACCUGGAGAGCCCAGCACCAGGAACGUGGGAACCCGACAGCCCUGGCUUACUUCUUAUUGCUAAUAAUGGGAUCGUGGUGUAGGCAGGAGGAGAGCAAACUGCUCCCCAGCAGCACACCCCCCCUUGCUGCAACGCUGCAGGUGUGGGAGCGAUUCCUGCAGCCGAGGCUGUGCUCACAUCACCACGUCCACACUGUUUCCAACUGUGUGAGCGCUGUGCCAGUCCCGCACCCAGCCCGGUGCAGCACACAGCACACAGCUUGCAGUGUGGCACAGCCACAGCCCUGCGCUCCGAGCUGCAGCUGCUUGCUGGGGAAUGCUCAUUGCAAAGGGCAUUCCUUGCAUGCUGCCAGGAGCAGAGGAUGGCUGGUCAGACCCAGCGUUACACGUGAGGUCACUGCAUCUUUCCUCCCCCAGGAAAACAGAUCCAGGCUGUUCUCCUUCCCAGAUAUUUUUCUCUAGAAGAGAAAUGAGCAUCAAACAGAAGGGGCUCAGUGCUCUGUUCCCUGCCUGGCGCUCCCAGCACCCGCCUGGGACGCAGAGGAUCUCACUGCAGCACAGCUCACAGUGGGGGCAGGAGCCGGGGUCCCUCAUUAAGCAGUGAGGAUGGAUGUUACCAAACCAGCCUUGGAGCCCUGGGGCAGCACGAGGAGUGAGCAGCUCAGCACGUCAGCUCCAUCCACAGAAGCAGUGCUGGUGGUGCACUCCUGGAGCACCUUCCCUUCCUUUCCAUUUGACUCAGAUGCUUCUCCUUGCAUUGAGGGGAGCAGGGAGUUCCCUAAGGGAGUGCAUCUGCUGGAAAACAACUGCGUUUUGAAGGCCAAGGAGCAGCGUCCAGGCAGCAAUGUCCAGCAGCAAUGUCCAGGCACCGUUCUUCAUGGCUACAUCCAAAGUCUCACUGCGCUUUGCAUCAGAGAUGGGUACAGCUCUGAGCAGCUCGCCCUGCUGGCCUCCAGGCUGCCGUGCCUCAAGACAGAGUUCUAAGAGGACCUUCAUUCAGAGCCACGUUCGCAUCCCACGAUGCAGUGAUGGCCCUCGGCACAGCUGUUUCAAUGGGAAGUCCUCCUCCUCUACCACAUCGAUGCACACCGGGAGCGCCCGGGCCGGGUGGUGGAGGGGCACCGGUUACAGCUCAGAGCUGGAAGGAAGGCUGGAAUCCCACAGAAGUGAUGGCUUUGCAGGAGAGCCAUCUGCAGCAGCAGCGGGUCAGCAGCUGUGGCAAUGCUGCAUCUCAGCCGUCGCUCCCCUGAGCUGAUCCUUGAAGAUUUCGGUUUCAAAUGCAGACUUGAGAAAAACAUACAGCAAAGGGCACGAGGUUGUCCUGCUGUCCAAGGAACCGCCGCACUGUUACAGCCAACCCUGAGCCGGGACUGAGCACAGCAGCACCUGGAGCCGCCCGGGAGGGGGUCAGGAUGCAGCUCUGGUGAUUGGUAUACCUCAUUCUUUUUUUUUCCCCCCUUUCCUAUUUUCCCCUCUCUUUUAAGACCCAGACCUUCGUGCACUCUACCACAUUCAGGUUCUUUUUUUUGUUGUAAUUGUGCAAUGAAGAGCAAUUCCUGGGGGCGGGGGGGGGGUUCUUCCCCUGCUCUGUGCCACUCCGAUGGCCAAGGAGCAAAGCGAAGGGAUGGCACACAGGGCAGCAGCGUCUGCUCUGCUCCUGCACCCCAGUGCUGCUCCAUAGCCCAACCUGGGGGCGAUGCAGCCCUCAGAGGGGCGGGCAAGGAGCAGCUGUAGGAAGCUGAGGAUGUGCACAUUGCACCGCCCCCACUCGCUGAGGCUUCAUGCGCUGCACAGGGAUGGCUGCGGAGCUGCAGGAACGCGGUGCUGCCCGGGGAGGGGGGAACCCCACAGCCCCCUCCUGCAGUCCGGGCCCCGUGAAUGUUUGUUUGCACUUUGAAGUUGGUGGCCUUGUUUUCUGAAAAGGGCUCGAUCUUUCCGUGCAGUUGAAUCUAACUCACCUUCCCCAUCGCCCUGUCCUCCCACCUCCAAACCCAACCAACGAGCAGCUUGGCCGGACAAAGCACUGCCCGGGCUGCAGGAUCUGUCAUUAAUCUCAGCGGUUUAUAGCUUUGGUACGACACCAGACCCGUCUGGCUGACAAACAGCCAUAAGGGGAGCAGCGGCUCACGGCCAAACUGAGGUUUGUCCUCAAACACAGCAGCAGGAGAACAGCAGCACUUUGAGCGCAGAGAAAGCAGCGCCUGAAGUUCUCCUUUGGCAAAAAGCUCUGAAUUCAGACUCCCAAACUUCAAGAUACAAAGCGUUUUACCGUGGACUCUUCCCACACAGCCAAUGCCUUUUGAAGUUCGUUCCCCCCCCCCCGAGGAGCAGAGCAGCGGGCAGGGUGGGCUGCAGGGGACACCCGGACAGGAGAGGCACCCACACCCCUCCCCACACACCGCUGCUUCCAGCAGCACAGCGCAGCUCCAGGACUGGGGGCACAGCGUGCAAACCGUGCUGCUUCACAUCGCUGCUUCCCCAACACCCCCAGCAAACGGCAUUGAGAACGAUUUGGAAGCUGUCAGAACUCCGUGAGCCACAAAUUGCUGCGGGCUUCGCUUUCCGGCCCCACUGCACACAUCGCCCCCCAGGAGCGAGCAUCGCAUCCAUACUGUGUGCAUCCCACAGCUGAUGGAGCUCCUCUGCCAGCACAGCGCGGAGCAAACCUGCCUGCCUUCAGCAACCCACUCACAGACUUUGCUUUGAUGACAGAUUCCCAAGUUCGACAACAACACCUUCAAGCAAUGGCACAGAGGGGUGGGUCGGGCGCUGCGCUGCGCCCUGGGUCCGCAUCCCCGCCCGGAGGAGGAUGGGCUUCGAUGGAUCCCUGAUGGUGAUAAGAUUUUAAAAGGAAAAAAAAAAAAAACAAAAAAAAAAGCAAAUGGUGACUUUUUUACUUGUGUUCUGUAAUGUUUUAUAUGUGCGUGGUCUUUCUUAAUGUAAAACUCCUGUAUUUUUGUGGUUUAUAUGCAGCAGGACUGACGGCUGUGAGGGCGCACGCUAUUUUGUAAGAUACUCCCAAGCCAGUUUUCCCCAGGAGGAACAAACUGACGUCUCACCUUCUCAUUGGCUUGUACCUGCAUGUACAGUAUGGGGCAGCAAGUGAAGAUGAUUAAAGCCAGCUUGAAAACCC